AUUGGAAGUGAGAAGAGGCCAAAACCUUACAACAUUUCUGUUCAGUCAGAACUUGUCUUUCCUUUUUCUUCCUUAGACACCAUUUGUGUUCUGUUCUGUUCUGCUUUCACACUUGACAUUUCUCAUAGCUUGUUUCAAUUCACCAAUUAUUUUCUGUACUCAAGAUAUAUUGAGUGUAGUUGAACAACACUGUUUUCUCAUUGAUGUAUAGAUAACCAUUUAGUUGGUGUUAAAAUGACAAUGACAAUGGAAGUGUCUCAUAGUACUCUAAGGAAUAAGCUAAAGACUCUUUGUUCUUAUGAACAUGGCUGGUCUUAUGCAGUUUUCUGGCGUUUUCAUCCGCGGAAUUCUUUGAUGCUGAUCAUGGAAGAAGCAUACUAUGAAGAGGAAUUGGGAGAAGAUAUUGCACACGUGCUUCCACAAAUGCAUUUGCUGGGUGAAGGAAUUGUUGGUGAAGCAGCUUUUAGUGGCAAGCACAGUUGGGUGCACUCAGAUAGUCAAACCCAAGAAUGGAAUUUUACUGGGCAGAAUACUACUGAGGAUGAUUCUGGAUUGCAUCAACAAUUCUCCAAUGGGAUAAAGACAAUUGUGGUCAUACCUGUAAAAGCAUGUGGGGUGGUACAGUUUGGAUCCAAAAAGAAGAUUUUUGAGACAGUGGAUUUUUUGGAGCAAACACAAAGCCUGCUAAUGGAGAUAGAUGAUAAGGAUGUGCCUGAUGAUAUGUUAGGAAAUGAAGUUUUAUCACUGGAAUUUGAAAAUUUUGAUCUACAUGGUUUGCUUGAUUCCAUUUCAACUGAAAAUUCACAUGAUUGGAAUCUCCAAUAUCCUCAUGAUGAACACUUCAAUGAAUUGAGCAAAGUUUAUUCUUCUGCAAGUUCCAAUGACCCUUUCACUUCCCAAUUGAAGAUUGGGGAAGAAGGGAUGAUGACUUCAUGGCAAGGAGAUUCUUCUUAUCUUAGUGACCUAUUGAAUGAUCCCAUUGAAGAGAUUAAUGAUGUGCUUUUGAACAGCUUAAUUGACAAAAACCCUUGUUUUGAUUCAUGGAGUGGUGAAAUAUCCUCUUUUGAUUUGUUGGAGCAACAAUUGGCACCUGAAAUAGGACCACAAGAAGUUAUAGAUGUGUGUUUUGCAGAAGAAAAUGCAUUUUCUAGUAUCCAACUUCCAGUUCAAGAUUCAGCAUUGACCUCACUGAAUAACCAACAUUCUUCUAAAUCUAUUGUUGUGGCUGAUGUUAAUUUCCCAUUGAGUUCUGAUACCUUACAUGAAUUCUCUGAGAAUUUAGAGCCAGUUGAUAUGUCAGAAGAGUUUUUGAAGUUCAGUUCCAUGGAUGAUCUUUUCCAGUGGUUUGCUCCUUCUGCAACCCUUUCUGAAUCAAUAGAAUUUAACCCGUCUUCUUCUAUGGUUGGAAGUAGUUCAAGUGAUAUUCCAGUGGCAUGCCUAACUGGGAAUAAUUCCUUCGCCUCUACAAUCAACUCGAUCGGGAAAGAAACAUCUGCGGUUACACAUAGUUCUGAAAAUAACCUCUUGGAUAACAUGGAACUUGAUUUGAGCUUUGAUCAAGCUGAUCAAUGGUGGGGAAAUAUAAUAACACCAAUGGUCAAUGCUGCUCCUGAUUCUAGCUUUUCUCAAUGCCUAUCAGAAAUGAACAUAGGUACAAUGAGUAGCAACGGGAAGAGAUUAUUCUCAGAGUUAGGAAUUGAAGAGCUUUUGAGGGGUGAAUCAAGUUCCAAUCCUUAUAACAGUUCAGAUUUUGGGUAUGGAUUAUCAUCCAAUAAGAGGCAGUUAGUAGAACUUUCAGCAAUGAAUAGAAAUCCAAUGAGUUUUGCAAAUCUUGCUGGGAAUGAGGUUAGAGCAAACUUGAUGCAGCCAGUUUCUGACUUGGAAAAUUCAAGCAGCAGUCUUUUAGGCAAGAAAGAUACAUUCCUAAAAUCACAAGUAGGCAUGUUGAGUGAUGAUAGGCAUAGCAUUCAUAUUGGGAAAGAUGUUCCUGUCUCCCUCCAAAAGCCGAAGGAACACACGAAGCCCACUAGGAGAGGGGCUAGGCCAAAGGAGAGUACUCGGCCACGACCAAAAGAUCGCCAGCAGAUCCAAGACUGUAUCAAAGAGCUGAGAGGAAUCAUCCCCAGUGGUGGAAAGUGCAGCAUUGAUUCGUUGCUAGACCGCACCAUUAGAUACAUGGUUUUCUUAAGAAGUGUCAUCAAUUAUGCAGACAAGCUACAAGAACCCCAUGAGCCAAAGCUCAUUAACCAGGAAAAUGAAGAGGUUCCAAAUGAUAGUGGUGUUACAUGUGUAUUUGAAGUGGCAAAUCAAACUAUGGUGUGCCCAAUCAUAGUUGAGGACAUGAGCCAACCUGGGCAUAUGCUUAUAGAGAUGCUUUGUGAGGAGCAGGGUUUCUUCCUUGAGAUUGUUGACAUAAUUAAGGGAUUUGGGCUCAAUAUCUUGAAGGGAAAGAUGGAAUUGAAGAAGAACAAACAAUGGUCACGCUUUAUUGUCGAGGCAAACAGUCAUAAUGUGUCAAGGAUAGAUGUAUUUUGGUCCCUUCUCCAUCUUCUACAGCAAACAAACAGCUCUGGUGUUGAUUCUGCUAAUCAGCAUAGUAAUGUUAUUGGUACAAUCUUUUCUUAACCCGGUACCGGACACGGUUAUGACAGAGGCUCUUGAUUGAUUUCAGAGAUAUCUUGAGCAUGUAAUGGAUGUUCUGGAAGUGUAAAAGAAGAUCACCACCCAUUUCUUCAGGUUUUAGAAACAGGAUCCGAUUGUACAUAGAUGAUACUAGAUUAGGAUACACCUAAUUAGCAAAAACUAUAGAUGAUGUUGUGUCUAAGUUACUGCCUAAGUUAGGUGCAAAAUCAUUAUGAAAUUGCUGAUGAUCAGUGUUGGGUGAAUGCUUGUGAAAUGCAAGACAUGUUAAUGGAGUGAACCAGAUAAUUCAAUUGGGCUAACUAUUAAUAGCUCCAAUGUUCACUUUGUUUCAUUUUAUAAUAAUAAUAUUUCCAAAUAGAAGAUUGGUUUGGA